CCGUCAGAGAAAAAGACAGAGAAGAACAACGUGUAACGUUAGUUUGCAUAAACAGCUAGCGUAGUUGUGUGUUUUUGCCUGUACAGAUUUAGCAGCCCACCAAGACAAAUUCAUCAGAGAACAUUUCUUACCUGCGAACACACCAAACCCCACUUUAGCUUUAGUACUCUGAAGGUUCAUCUCAUCUGGUACAGUAAUACUGUAUAACCACUGGCAGUCCUGUGACCCAAGAAAAUUAUGUGCUGCAGCUGAAGAUGGGUGGUAGUGGCUCCAAAUCCAAAGGAUUUUGGCCUUUUUCUGGCUCGGGUAGUACGGACGAGCCAACCAAAGAAGGAAACGAGCAUUCACUGGCGAGAGUUCGAAGUUUCCAAGGUGCAACACCUUUUGUGUUGACUAGACGAAGCUCCAUGUUCUUUGAUGAAGAUGGCGACUUGGCCCAUGAGUUCUAUGAAGAGACAAUUGUGACAAAAAAUGGACGUAAAAAAGCCAAGCUGAAGAGGAUUCACAAAAAUCUUACACCUCAGGGAAUUAUAAAGCUGGACCACCCUUGCAUCCAUGUAGACUUCCCAGUUGUCCUUUGUGAAGCUUGAUGUUGUCCAAGGAGCGUCUAAGACUAGCCACUCCAUCAACUCCGUCCUGUGGUUUCUCCUACAACUGGAAGCCUGAACCACCUUUUAAAAUAACAUGAUCUCCUGAUAUAUUUGAUGCCCUUAAUGUGGACAGGCUGAUGCAAUGUGUGCUGAGCCUCUGCAUGUGAUCUGUUUUUGGCUUGUGUGCAGUUAGACACAGAAAAAGUCACCAGUGGGGAUCUAGAAGGGGGCCAAGUUGGCAAAAAACAAAACAAAUCCUACUCAGUUUACAGAUCACAGUUUGUGUGCAUGUCAUGUGUGAAUGUGUGUGCAGACACAGGACGAAAUGUCCUGAAUUAAUUGCUGCAGAUUGUUUCCCGGUUUGAUACAUUGAACUUGAGGAGUUGAAGGAAAAUGUAACCCUCUGUCACGGUCAUAAGUAGUGCGGGAAAGUAUAAGUGCACACUUCAGUUUUUUGACAGCAUAAUGGUUUGCUUUAUUAUGCAUGUAACAGGAUCUGCUUAUCGGUAAUAGUGUAGGGAGGAGUUGACAAUCAGAGGCCCACAAAAAGUGGAUUAAUGUCAUAUUAUAAUGUUGGAUGGACUGGCUUCAAUGACCUCAGAGCCACACAUGUACACAGCAGCAGAGAGUCUAGUAAGAGAUCCUGUUGUUUCAUUUGCUGCUUUGGCAUACUAUGUUUCACUUUUAAUUUAUUAUAUUGUUUUUUAAUUACAAUUUGAAAAUGCUAAA